AUGAUCCAUCAUCUUAUGAUCGGCACCUGGACCCCGCCAGGAAGAAUCUACACCGUCGCAUUUGACGACCAGGAACUGACCUUGACAUUGGUCAAGAAGACCAUGAUCCCCGAAGAUGAGCCCAUCUCAUGGAUGACAUUUGAUCAUGCUAAGAAAAACAUCUACGGCGCCGCCAUGAAGAAGUGGUCCAGCUUCUCUGUGCACAGUCCGACAGACAUCGUGCACGAAGCGUCGCAUCCAAUGGGAGGGCAUCCUCUGGCCCAAUCCACCGACACAAACACACGAGCAAUCUUCGUGCUCGCAGGCCACAAACCCCCAUACAACGUCUAUGGCAAUCCAUUUUACAAAUACGCGGGCUUCGGAAACGUGUUUUCCGUCACUGACACCGGCAAACUCGAUAAAAACGUGCAGAAUUUUGAAAUAGACCCUCACUCCGGCAUCCACGGCAUGGUCUUCGACCCAACCGAGACCUACCUCUACUCGGCGGACAUGGGCGCCAACAAGAUAUGGACACACAAGAAGGACCCGGAAACCGGAUUAUUGGCAUUAGUCGAUAGCAUCGAUGCCCCCGGACCGGGCGAUCAUCCUCGCUGGGUCGCCAUCCACCCUAGCGGACACUACCUGUACGCCCUCAUGGAAGCCGGGAAUCGAUUGGCAGUGUAUGUAAUUGACGAAAAACGGCACGUCCCCGUCUUCACACGCAUGAUAUACCCCUUGAUUCCCCCCGGACUGCCCCCGCGCAACAAGUACCGAUCUGAUGUCGUCUUCACCACCAAGAGCGGGAAAUACCUCUUUGCUACCGCACGAUCCAACCAUAACGAUGUCCAUGGUUAUAUCAGUGGAUUCAGACUCGGUCCCGAGGGCAACAUUGAGAAACAGUUAUUCAUCAACCCGACAUCGACGAGCGGGGGACACUCUAAUGCCGUUAGUCCGUGUGACUGGAGUGAUGAGUGGAUAGCGCUGUGCGACGACCAAGAUGGGUUUGUCGAGAUGUAUCGGUUCAAGGAUGAAUUGCUGGGGCGCGUUGCGAGAUGCGAUAUUCCAGAAAAGGGGUUCGGCAUGAAUGCGAUUUGGUAUGACUAG